AUGAGCCUACGAGGUCUGAACAGUCGCGCCGACCCCACCGAGUGUGAGCUUACGCUGAGGCCUCGACCGGGUGGAUCGUUUCAGACGUCGGAGUGCUACCUGUACCCGAGCUUCGAGGCGCUGGAGAGCGGCGACACGCCCAACUACGCCGAGAUCCACACCUACCUGCGCGACGGCAUCGCCCUCGAGUUCGUCGAGGACUUCCGCCGCCACGUGCCGCCCUGCCUGCCCGCGCCCUCUCCGCCCGCCUCGCCCCCAGCGCCCGCCUCGCCCCCAACGACCCCCUCGCCCGCCUCGCCCCCAGCGCCCCCCUCGCCCCCAGCGCCCCCUGCGCCCGGCGCGUUCACCCCGAGGCCGCCGGGCCCCCCGCGCCCCGCGGCCGGAGCGCCCCCCCGCGCCCCUUCGGCCCCGGCCCCGCCGCCGCCGCGGGGCGUCAUGCUCUCCGCGUCCGACUGCGAGGUGUUCUGGCUGCUGAACCGCGUGGACCCGGGCGCCGCGCACCGCUUCAUGGUGGAGGCGAUGGCGCGGGCGGUCUCUGCCUCUGCCCCGCCCCCGCCCCGGCUGAACCCCGACGCGCCCGAGUUCCGCGUGCAGCCCGCCCAAACGCAGACCGAGUGGCGUGCCCCUACCCCCGCCCCCGCCCCCGCUAUCCCCCCGCCGCCCCCCGUGGCGCCACCCGUUAGAAGGUUCCUCGAGAGCGCGCACGCCCUGAUGCGACUGCCCCCCGGCAUCCGGCCCCCGCCCGGCUUCGAAAACUUC